AGAGCAGUGCCGGGAAAUACAGCAGUGGAACUCCACUGGUCCUGAUGCUGGGGAUGAUUUCAGUGUUUGAACUAUGUUAAUCUACGUGAGUGUUUCCCAUCCUCUCUUCCUCAUUUGGGCUAACAUCAGCAGCACUCCGAGCCAAGAGAUCUUGUUUAUGAGUGUCUCUUUGGACCACUAGACCCCAGGUGAUUGUGGGAUUUGUCAGCACCGGGGUUUAUUAUUACUUUUUUUUUUUUUUUUUUUGAUGAUUUACACUGCGUUUCCAGGGAGGGAGGAUCCUAAAAGCUGACUGUUGGGUUUUUUUGUUUAUCUUCUGUCAAGCACGUAUCCGAUCCUGUUUUCUGCUUCCACUGCUCACUCCUUAAGGGACACGAAAGCCCCUAGUCUUUCACAAUGAAGUUCAACUUGUUCAGACAGCCUCAGGCUGUUGCCGCUGCAGAGCCGACAAGUGCCACCACUGUGACAAUGGCUCCCUCCCCGGUCUCAGCCUCCACCUCUGCACCAGAUACUUCAGGCUCCAACAACACAGAGAUCAGCAAGAAUGACAUGUUUGAGGAGAUUAAAAGCAAAUUCUUAAAUGAAAUCGAUAAAAUCCCACUUCCUCCAUGGGCUUUGAUUGCUAUCGCUGUGGUGGCAGCAUUGCUCGUCCUCACUUGUUGUUUCUGCAUAAUCAAAAAAUGCUGCUGCAAGAAGAAGAAGAACAAGAAAGGAAAGAAGGGCAAGGAUGGAUUUAACAUGAAGAACAUGCAGGGUGGUGAGAAACAACAGGACGACGAUGAUGAAGAAGAAGGAGAGACCGGAAUGACAGAGGAGGAAAAAGAGGAGGAGGAGAAAGAACAAGAAAAACUGGGAAAACUCCAGUACUCCAUAGAUUAUGACUUUGAGAACACUAAGCUGACAGUUGGCAUUCUUCAAGCUGCAGAUCUCAUGUCAAUGGACUCCGGUGGAACCUCUGAUCCUUAUGUCAGGGUCCUUCUCUUCCCUGACAAGAAGAAGAAGUUUGACACAAAGGUGCACAAGAAAACUCUGAAUCCUGUCUUCAAUGAGACAUUUGUUUUCAAGGUGCCCUAUGAGGAACUGGGUGGUAAGAUUCUGAUGAUGUCAGUGUACGACUAUGACAGAUUUUCCAAACAUGACGUCAUUGGGGAAGUGAAGAUUCCCAUGAAUACCAUUGACCUCGGACGUCCUAUUGAAGAAUGGCGGGACCUUGAGAGCGCCGACCAAGAGGAGCCUGAGAAACUUGGAGACAUCUGCAUCUCCCUCCGUUACGUCCCCACUGCUGGAAAACUCACAGUCUGCAUCCUGGAGGCAAAGAAUCUGAAGAAGAUGGAUGCCUGUGGCUUGUCUGAUCCCUAUGUGAAAAUCCAGCUACUGCAGGGAGGAAAGCGUCUUAAGAAAAAGAAGACAACUGUGAAGAAGAACACCCUGAACCCGUAUUACAAUGAAUCAUUCAGCUUUGAAAUCCCACUGGAACAGAUGCAGAAAAUCUUGGUAGUUAUCACAGUGUUUGAUUAUGACAAGAUAGGUAAGAACGAUGCCAUUGGGAAGAUCUUUGUUGGUAGCAAGGCUACCGGCUUGGGUCUUAAGCACUGGUCAGACAUGCUGGCUAAUCCGCGCCGCCCCAUCGCCCAGUGGCACCCAUUGCAGCCAGAGGAGGAUAUUGAUGGUCAGCUUGCAGCGCUGGCAGCAAAGAAGUAACAAGCCUCAUCAACCAGCUAUUGCUCUUACUCGGAAAAUCAUCCCUUCUUUGCAUGAAUCCUAUGACUUAUCAAAUGACUACUUGUCAUAAAUCUUGCUCAGCAAAAAGAAACAUCUUAGGAUAACGUCGUAUACACAAUUAAGUUGAUGGAAACUCUUUUCAAGCAUCCAAUCUCAGUUUGUGGCAAGAAAAUAGUGAUGAGUUAUUGGGUCAGUAGUUCAUGAAUGAUCAGUUUUUGGUCUUUUUUGCUCUAAAGAAGCUGAUUUACAGGGUGCUGAAAAUGGGUGAAAAUAAUGUUAAAGACAAUGCUGGAUCAAAAGCUUUAGUUUAGUUUAUGGAGCAUGCUUUACUUACCUCCCCUCUGCUCUGCGCACAGCAUACCUAGUAUUGUAUGUUGCUUAUAAGUGUGCUAUGCCCUGCAAUAGAAAGUGUGAUAGUGUGGAGCAAAGGGCUGGUUUGCAUCCAUUAGCAUUAAUAGAUUUAUUUAGAAUAAAUCCAGUUGAGGUCACUGAGUACAGCAAAUAGUGCUGCAGUUUUUUUUUGUUGAGAUUUUUAUGUCAACAUUUAAUACGCAAGGCAAUUCACCACUCUUAACAAGAAUGACAAGAGAAUUGACAUUUUUUGCUCGUUUGUUUUGCCAUAAAGACACCUCUAUGCAUUUAGGAUAAACACACAGAUGGCAGAUCAGACGCAAAAUGGGAGAAUGAGUGUGCCUUCCUGGUGAAUAAAUGUUGAGACAUGCAUUGUUUAUGUCCUAGAGGCUGAGCCUUAUUGAAAAGUUUUGAAGGCGCCAUCUGAAUUAAGGCUUGAGCUGUGCCGACCAUAUGGGUAUAAAAAAUUCUUAUCUAUGAAAGAAUACAGACACCAGAGAGAUUACCAUUUAUGCUCAAAUACAUUUGGUUUAUUUUCAAAUGCUGCUUUUGCAAACUUGUUUUAUUUUGUUGUCCUUUUUUUGUCUUUGGUUGAUGUGUUGUACUUUAACCUACACCCUGUCAAAAGCAAAAUGUUUUCAUAUAGAAGGGGAUUAGAAACGUAAAAUAUAGCCUCUUUUUUAAAUGAAUGUGAAUUUGUGUGUAAAAUUCAACUUUGUAGGCUAUUAACAUGGUGACUGCUGCAUCAUACAGUGCACAUAUCCUUGUCCUAAACCAAAAAGAGCUGCAGAUUUUAGCAUUCAUCAUGCUUCACAGCAAAAUAUGCUAAUGGAGAUGCUCAGUCAGAAUCUUUAUUAACAGCUUAUCAUAGAGAAGCUAAGUCUGUGUUAAUCUACAGAGGUCUGACCCCCCUGCCAAAGUACUUCUAAUACAACAUUGUGUGUAUUAAUCAUUACAAAAACUAAUUUUGAAAUUUUAAAACCAGUGAAUUUUUAAUAAUAAACUAUUUUACAUCAUGACAUUUAAUGAAUUAGGUCCAAUAUCCUCGUUUUCUUCCCAGCCGAAAAUAUGAAGUUGUGUGGUAUUAAAAGUGUUCUCCUUCAAACAACUGUCAGAUAUAAAAAUUUAGCAAAAUGGAUAAAUACAUAAGAAAAAUAGUAUAUGUUUAGACUUAGUAGUUUAGUGAUUUCAAUAUUAAAUUCCAAAAACACAGUAGGAGAGUUCAGUUGAUUUGAACAGUUUCUUUAGAAGAAUUUUGUUUUUAUAUUUGAAUUAUUUAAAUAAUGUUGACCAGCAGAGUGCAAUUGAGUCCAUCCACAGUGCUUCCAUCUGCUGCAGAAAUUAUGCAUUAUGCCUAGCUGUUAAAAGUCUACAGCAUGUAAUUACAAGACGAUGUAAAUAUUAGCAUGAUUUAAAGAGAAUCUAUAACUAUGAUGUGUAUGUGUGUGUUUGUGUUCAGUGUACUUUUUGAUAAUAAAAUGGAGUAAAAACAAACGUAUGCACUGACUGAAAAGUGUAUGUAUUUUUUCCUCACUGAGACUGAGUGUAUGAUUGAAUAAUCUGAUUUAAUAGGUUAACAGUGUGUUUGUUUUGUGUAAUAAUUGUUCAAACUUCCAAAGUUUAAAAAUAAAUACUGCAUGAAUGUGUUUUAUUUCCAUUGUUUUAUGUGUGUUAUAAUAUAUUCUGACUGAAAAUCAGUUAAUGUUCAUUUCUAAUAGCACUGUGUGUUUGUCACUAAGCAGUAGACUGUAUAUAUUUUAAACCCCUUUGCCCCAGUGUACCCCUAAGUGUUUCCAUUGUUCAUUCCUGCCAAAUGAAAGUCAGACACAGAAAAAAAGUCUUGUAGCUCCUUAUCCCACAUUAAUCUACCUAACCUUCUGUUUUUGUGUUUGAAUAUUACAUAAUAUUAUUCAUUUUGUAUUCCUAAUACAAUGUUUGGUUCUGUUAAAGAUUAUCACAUCAUAUUGGUCUGGCUGUUCUCUUGCUCAGCAUGAGUCUUCUCAUCUCAAAUACCACUCUCUGAAUGAAAAGCCUGUUUUCUAAUGGUUUGCAAUGAGAUGAGAUGGUGUUGCUCCACUUCUGCAUGCUUUGAUUUGUGUCUCUCCAAUUAUUUUCUGUUGUUUUUUUUUUUCAAACUUCACUAGUCUUACUCAUUGAGAUAUAUAUUUUAAUAACAAUUAGACUAUCUCUAUUCAUCUAAGGAACAAAGAGAAUGAUAAAAUAUUAAUUUGCAAGUUGCUUCUUUGUGAAGAGACACCUCAUUAGAAGCGUCUCUAAUAUGUGUCAACGCUUUUUCCUUCAUUUUAUCUUGCAUUUCUUAAGACCAAAAUUGUGUAAUUAGGUUCCAUUGCUCAAAAUGCAGACAACAAAAUCCCAUGUCUUCCUGCGUCUCUCAAGCACAGAGCAGACCCAAACAUUCACAAUGCAAUACUGCCAACGUUCUUUUCAGAUUCGACCAUCUUCUGUCAGCAUAACAUCCAACACAGAACUUACCAUCAAGCAUAGACAAGGGGAAUCCUUGUCUCUCUUCACUCUUGCUUUGGUCUACUGUAGAAGAGUAAUAAUAGAUGUGCCUUUUUGUGACAUGCAUGAUUUUGUUUAAUUGAAAAGUCAUUUUUGCAGUAACAGAAAGACUAAAAGAAACGCGUAAAAAUGAAUUAACUCAAGUAGAUAAUAAAACUCAAGGAAGAAAGGACAUACCUGUGUGUUGUCAAACUGUAAUCACAGCAAAUAAAAACGUUUUGUGUA